GCGAUGCCGUUUGGCUGCGUGACGCUGGGAGACAAGAAAGAUUAUAACCAGCCGUCAGAGGUGACCGACAGAUAUGACCUGGGCCAGGUCAUCAAAACGGAGGAGUUCUGUGAAAUCUUCCGGGCCAAGGAGAAGACGACGGGGAAGCUGUACACCUGCAAGAAGUUUCUGAAGCGGGAUGGGCGGAAAGUGCGGAAGGCAGCUAAAAAUGAGAUCAUCAUCCUCAAAAUGGUGAAGCACCCCAACAUCCUGCAGCUGGUGGAUGUCUACAUCACCCGCAAGGAGUAUUUCAUCUUCCUGGAGCUGGCCACCGGCCGGGAGGUCUUCGACUGGAUCCUGGACCAGGGUUACUACUCGGAGAAGGACACCAGCAACGUCAUCCGGCAGGUGCUGGAGGCUGUCGCGUACCUGCACUCACUCAAGAUCGUCCACAGGAACCUCAAGCUGGAGAACCUGGUGUACUAUAACCGCCUGAAGAACUCCAAGAUCGUCAUCAGCGACUUCCACCUGGCCAAGCUGGAGAACGGGCUCAUCAAGGAGCCCUGCGGCACCCCCGAGUACCUGGCUCCAGAGGUGGUGGGGCGGCAGCGGUACGGGCGGCCGGUGGACUGCUGGGCCAUUGGUGUCAUCAUGUACAUCCUCCUCUCGGGGAACCCCCCUUUCUACGAGGAGGCAGAUGAGGACGACUAUGAGAACCAUGACAAGAACCUCUUCCGCAAAAUCCUGGCUGGAGACUACGAGUUUGACCCACCGUACUGGGAUGACAUCUCACAGGCAGCCAAGGAGCUGGUGACACGCCUGAUGGAGGUGGAGCAGGACCAGCGGAUCACGGCAGAGGAGGCCAUCUCCCAUGAGUGGAUUUCUGGCAACGCUGCCUCUGACAAGAACAUCAAGGAUGGUGUCUGUGCGCAGAUCGAGAAGAACUUCGCCCGGGCCAAGUGGAAGAAAGCCGUGCGAGUGACUACGCUCAUGAAACGCCUUCGGGCACCCGAGCAGACAGAGACAGCCCCGGCCCCGGCCUCGGCCCCAGCCCCGGCCCCGGCCCCAGCCCCGGCCACCACCACCGCUGCCAGCGCUGCCACCACUGCCACUGCCACGGCUGCCACUGCCACGGCCACCACUGCCACCACCACGGCCGCCACUGCCACCACCACGGCUGCCACUGCCGCCACCACGGCCGCCACGGACACUGCGGCCCCCGCAGCCCCCGCGGCCCCCGGCACACCGCCCGCUGCCCUGCAGCCCCCGGCCCCCGGCACGCCGCCCGCCACCACGUGUAACGGGGACGGGGAAGCCCCCGCCGCUGCCGCCACUACCGAAUCCCCCAGCGAGCAGACCGGCUGA